AUUAAAUAAAUGUCACAUACGCAAUCAUACACAGUACAGCAUGUGGUGAAUUGUUCUGUGGUGAAGAUGCUAAUGAUAAUUUCACCUUUCUGAGUGAUUCCUCUCUCCCUCCCAGUGUGAACUGGACUGAGGAUGGAUUUGUCUCCCCUGUACAGGACCAGGGUGACUGCAAUGCCUGCUGGGCGUUCAGUGCAGUUGGAGCUUUAGAAGCUCAAAUGAAGAUGAAGAAGGGUCGUCUUGUUCCUCUGAGUGUUCAGAACCUGGUGGACUGCAGUUCUGAGGAGGGAAACCGUGGCUGCUCUGGAGGCCUCCUGACUAAUGCCUUUAAUUACAUAAUAAACCACAGGGGCAUCAGUAAGGACGCUGACUACCCUUAUGAACAAAAGGUUGGAGUUUGCUUCCCUAGUCAUAAAUAUGGACGCUGUUCUGGUUUCCUGGUUCUUCAGCGUUAUAAUGAGUUUGAGCUGCAGAAGGUGGUGGCUAACAUCGGGCCGGUUGCAGUAGGAAUUAAUGCUAACAAUUCCACAUUUUACCAUUACAAGACAGGUAUUUACAAUGACUGUUCUGAAGCUCAACCACUGAAUCACGCAGUUCUUGUGGUUGGAUAUGGAAAAGAAGAUGGGCAACAAUACUGGCUGAUCAAAAACAGUUGGGGUGUUAACUGGGGAGAAGGAGGAUAUAUGAGACUCCAGAGAAACAACAAUCAGUGUGGAAUCGGCAGCUACAGUGUCGUCCCCAUUGUCUAACCUCAUUUCUCUCAUUUCAGAUUGGAGUUUUUUUUCCUUUCCUUGCUGUAAUUAACUAAUUUUAUUCAUUAAUCUCUAAUAAAAUGUUAGUCUUCUGUACGUACGUAUGCAUGUACACAACAUCUGGUAGUUGUGAUGAAAAAACAUUUCUGUUUUUACAAUGAACAAAAUCCAGAGCUGCUUAUAUUGUACACCAUGUGGUCCAUUCACCAGGUUACUGAACAUAAAUGUUUGUUUUUAACA